CAGUAUCGGGCGAACCGUCGCGAGGACAGGAGCUCGUGUUAAAAGUUUGAUUCAACUGAUCUUCACGUGAUGCGCGCUGUAUUAUGUUUACCAGUUAACAAACUCCGUAUACCAGUUGGAAUAUCCGUGACGAAUAAAUAAAUGCUCAUAUUUCUGUGAGCAGUGAAUGUGCGUGUAAAUUUCGUAAAAUGCAGUGACGGCAGUGCGCAUGCGCCAUUUUCAAAUACUCGGAAAAACUCAAAGGCUCAAACGACUAUUUGUACACACGUAGAACCUUGCGCGUGCUUGCGCAAUUUUCAUCGAUCUUAUUCUUCUUAAAUUCGCAAUGCAAUUAUUGCCAAUCGACAUACCUUGCUGGAAGUGCAAUCAACGAAGAGAUAUAAUUAACGAUGUACAUCUGGACGGAAUAUCCUCAGUGUUAAAUAUUUAAUACCUGUACUCAAAUUUUCAAAUAAACCUCCCAGUGUGAAGUUUAAGUGAAUUUUUUCGAUACUGUUUCGCUUAUUACCACGAUAACGGAUUACUUGGAAUAUCGGAUAAUUCAUCUCCGUCUACUCGGAAGACCAAGCUGAGAUGAGCGACAGCGAAGGGGCGCGUUACGUAACGCUAUGAUGACUCCAUCUGGCGCGACGGGAUCGAAGGACGAUAGCUAAGGUCGGGUCAGGCGUCCGGGAGACAGGGGACUUUCGAGCUACGGAGGAUGCCGGGCCGUCAGUACCCUCUCGUUACGCUCGCCCUGAUCCUCGGGGCGAGUUUCCUUGAGGUCGUAACGGGUCAGCUGCCGAAGAACUCCGCGAGGAGUCCUUGUCACGUCCACGAGGCCGUCACCAGAUGUUACGACGUCGACAUCGAGGAGCUGGAGGUCUACCUGGUGGGUACCGAGGAGGAGAGUCACACGCUGGAGAUCACGCACUCGAACCUGAGCAUCCUGAGCAGGGAACCCUUUCACGCCAAGACUGACUGGGAGGUCCUCUACAUGGCCAGGAACAACAUCAGCGAAAUCGAGUACGACGCCUUUCACAGGUUGCACAAGGUCGUCUCGGUAAAUCUUGAGAGGAACCUCCUGAGGACCAUCGACCCCAAGACCUUCUCUUACUGCUAUCUCUUGCUCAAGCUGAUACUGAGCUACAAUCCUCUGGUCCUACCGGAUGAGCCGUUCCUCGAGGCGUACAAGCUUGAGUACCUCGACCUCUCAUUCGCCAACCUCACUAAUCUACCUUUGGAUACGUUCAAGCUCCUGGUGAAGUUGCGCUACCUGAAUAUAUCCCAUAAUCGUCUCGAGGUCCUGGACAGAGAGGUAUUCGUGACACUCCAGCAGUUAGAGGUCCUCGACGUAGCCAAUAAUAAUUUCAAGGUCAUCGACUACAGGGUCUUCUUCAUGUACAGUCUCAUGAAGCUGAACAACGAGUGGGUCUGCGAUUGCGACCUCAAGAUCGUCUUCUACAAGAUCUUUGAGAACGCGACCCUCACUCCGGAGGCCGUCAAGUGUGCCAAACCCUUCAACACCACCUGGCUGGACAUGAGGUUCCUGGACUGUACGAAUCACAUACCGGACAAGACUCUCUUCAGCAGCCUCGACGAGUACUACGAGGCCAUUGGGGUGGACAAGCGUGUAUCGUCUCCGGAAGAACCCUUGGUACCGCCUGGUAUCCUUGUCAUCAUUCUGUCAUCCCUCAUAGUCGUCCUGCUCCUUGUCCUGGCCCUGGUUCUCAUCUGCUGGUGCAGAACCAGAGACAAGGUCAAGAUCAAUCAUCCAGAGGAACACAGUCUAGACACGAGCUGGCAGUACGGUACUGUCCUUAUGCACAGGGCUGGACAUGAUCCUGGAAAAAAUCCUGGGAGUGCGACCCUUACCGUUUCGGCACCCGUACUUCAGUACAGCACUAUGGAGGGAAUCCCGAUGACCAGCAUAAGACCCACGGCACCACGAAUGUCUGACGUCUAUCAGAGAAUAGAUCCCGCUGAACACGACGUCAGCUACUCCGAUCAGGAAGCAGACGAUGUCGCCCUCUAUGAGAGGAUGCACUGAGACACUCUCGAUGAUGCGAUUUGAAUCUCCCGCUCGAGGACACGCGUCGGCCCAAUCUUCGUCCUUGGACUCUCUUCCUGUUUCUUCCUCUCACCGGAUCCUGCCUCUGGAAUGAGAUGCUGAACUCAAUACGGAACCCUGGAACUCGGGCAAUUUAUUCUUAGACCAUGAUCGCCCGAUGCGUUUCUAACUCGUUAUUCGUAAACUCGAGUUACUUAGUCGCGCGGCUUCUUCUUCAUUGUGAAUGAACUUGCUCGGAGAUAGGUGGCGCGCGAACGAUUUUCUUUUUAUUCUCCUUUAUAUUCUCGCUGAUAUCUCUCGAGGACGCAGAAGCAUUGUGAUACAUUAUUGUACGUGUUAACCAAGCCAUUGCUUCGUUCACGUCUUAUUGUUAGACAAGUACUGUUAAUUGUAUAAUUGUCGCGAGUAACAUAUUUCAUGGACAAUUUUAAAUAUUGUCGUUACCUUGCCAGUUGGCUGCAGUUUUUUUUUUUAUAAAAAACAUUGACAGUGAGUGGAAUGGACGAGUUUAGAAAAAAAUUGAAACAAAAGAAAGAUUGAAAUUUAAGAAGAACUAUAGAGACGUAAUCAAAAUUCGUCUAACAUAUUUGAUAUUUUGAUAACAAAUUUUAUUGGGUUUGAUCGAACGUAUUUAUCUUCAUUCGAUUAAUCAUUAUUUCGUUAAUUUACUAGAUAGAUACUGUCGAUUUGAGGUAAUUUUUGAAAUUUUUGGUAAACAAACAAAGUGUGACAGGAAAAUCAUACGUCACUUCCGUAGAAAUAAGAUAACGAUGUCCUUGUUAUUAUUUUCAAAAAUCACGUUAUCGACUUCCUGUCACUUUUAAUGGUAAUUUUUGUAUCACGUAUUCCGUAACCGUAAAAAAAAUUGAAUAUAGAAUCGACAUAUAUACUGUACAAUUUUUGUUGUUAAAAAACAAAAACAAUUAUUUAUCAUCCGAUGUCAGAUAAUCAAAUAUGUAAAAAAUUAGACAUUUUUACGAUUAACUUUGCGGCGACUAAAAAUGAUAUAUUAUUGUUAUGCGUUUUUGAUACACCAAUUCAAAAAUUCACCUGACAAUCGGAUAAUCGAUUAAAUAUUUGUUUUUAUAAUUCAGUUUCAAAAUUGCCGCCGACCUUAUGUACAUUUAUACGUAAUUCACAAGUGACAAUGAAAAUGACGUUUAGCUCCGAGUGUGGUGUGUAUAUUUAAAAUGUGGUUAAACGAGGAAACGGCGAUAAAUCUUUCGUAUGGCUAUCUUUGGAACGUCCUGUAGGAACGAUACAAUAUCAGUAGCACGUAUAGCUAGCCGGUUAUCCAGUUACUGACUUUAGGAAUGUCUUUGGACACAAUCGUGCUUCAGAUUUGCUAAAACGAUUAGAAACAAGCCCUAGUAGAAUUAUGUGUUCCUUAUCAAAGUCCAAGAACAAGAUAAUUGCGAAUCUCAAAGAUUAAUUGCCGGGCCAAUUAUUUCCAAGGGCUUGUAAUGGCGUGCGGGAAAGACAGCGUGAAAAAUGUUUGAAAAGCGAAAGUGAAAUUACAUAAUUGAAAACGAAGGGAGGCAUCGAUAAUUUGAUCUCAAUGCAUUAACGACGCUUUUAAACGAACAUAACGUAAAAUAUGUUUCUCGAAGUUUCUAUCGUUUCGUCGAUUUUUUUUUCCACCGUUCACUGUAUACUUUCUUUGAUAGUUUUAUUAUUUAUGUAUUACCGUUACAACGACUGAUUACUCGAAUGUAGCAAAUUACCAGUUUCGUGAACGCUCUUGAAUUUCAAUGAAACGCAAAGCUGAUUCUGACUUUUUUUUAAAUAUUAUGAAAAUUUUGUAAUCUGAUGGGAUUUACGGAAACAAUAGAAUACAGGCUUUUCUUAUACGUAUGGGACACUGUAUGUAUACGCAAAGUGGUUAUAUAACGGGUGGUCAUUUAUUAGUUUGGUCGUAAUGAGAUUGUAAUUAAAAUUCAUCCUACGGAUGAAUAAUGAAAUUUUGAUUGAUAACGAUAAUUUUUUUUUCGAAAUCCUAGUAUCUGAAAAUAUAGAUACAUUUUUUUAAAAUACUUAUAUGUUUCUUAUGAUUAAUAGUGUAGGAGAGAUUUUUUAUAUAUAGGUAAUACUUUUUGCAUUGUUUGUUUCAUUAUUAUUGAUGACGUCAGUGGAUCAUUAAUUAAAUAUCUGAAUUAUACGUAAGUCGUAUAUAUCGAUAAGGAUAGUGGAAAGUUAAAAAAAUUUUUUGCAAAACAGUCGCCAUAGAAAAAAUACGUAAUCGGAAGCAUUAUUAAAAAAAAAAGACGAUUUGUUAAAUAAUUUUAUAAAUUGCCCCGAAUGUCUAAUUAAUCGACCGGAUAUUAUUGUUGUACACGUGUCGAGCGCAGCGAAUUUCGCGCUUCUGAAAAUUGGCCUUUCGCUUGAGAAAAUUCGAGAAAAAAAUGUCACAUUUGUUUAUGUCGUCGGAAUUUGCAGUUUUUCGUUAAGUCGAACAAUUUCUUAAGAAACACUGCCAGAGUCAAGUUUCUUUCUUACGUCGCAGUGACGUCUUGAACUAAAAUUUUCGGCUCCUGCGACUCCUGCCAGUCUUUGCGUUUUGGGAUACCGAAGAUCCUGGAGCCCAAAAUAGACUGCAGUAGAAUAAUAAAAAUUGUAGGGGCGUGAGUAGCGUUUGAAAAAAUGAAAAAAAAAAUAUAUAUAUAUAUAUAUAAGGGCAUACAAUUUUGCCACGAGACUGUGCGUCACCACGUGACGGCGUCUUUUGCAUUAAAAUUCUGGAAACCCGAAAAUUUUAAUUUAUCCCAACCACGUUCUAAAAAUUAAUUUUUGUAAUUAAAUAUUUUUCAACGCACAAGACGCUUCCACGUGUUUCGUAAAUUCGCGCAAAAAAAAAAUUCAAAUGAAAGUAACUUCUGUCUCUUCCAUCCACUCAAAAAAAAAUGUAUAAUCUAGUUAUUCGUAAAUACUUAAAAUGUUCUCGAGGAAUGGAACGACGUUAUUUUGCUCCUGCGCGAUUUUCAAUAUCAUGAACGAUCCCUAUCGUCAUUGCCGUUUUUCGUAAUUUUCAUAAUUUUACACAUUUUCUAAGUAUACCGUACUACGACCAACCCAACGAGAAAUUAAUUGAAUAACAAUGCCAAUGUCGAAUCUUGAUAAUUUUUCGACGCCAAUUUACGUAACUUUAAUUAUACUUGGUUAAUAUACUCUACGUUCAAUUAUCAAAUGUGUAAAUUUGAUAUAUUCGCGCGGGACGACAGCAGUAUUGUAAACUUAUAAGCCAUAAUGAAAAGAAAAGAAAAAAAAAGCUGUACGUUGCUGUAUACCGCAUAUACCAAAAAGUACUCUACUUGUCUCCAAGGAAAAAAAAAAUGGACUUUCAAGAAACUCUUAGGUGUUUAAAUAAAGAUAUAGCUACUAAUCGAGACAGGACACAUACGCAUAGGUAUACAUAUUAAACGGAUAAAUUAUUAAAUGAAAAAAAAAUACAGACUAAACUGACGAGGAAUAAUUUCUCCGUCUUUUUUGUUGUUGUAAAUAAGCUAAUAUUUAUAUAUCGCGCGUGUAAAUACGAGGAAUUAUUAUGAUAUACAUAUACAUACGUUGUUGCUGUGAGUCUGGAAUUAUAUUCAAUGUAAAUGCGGAAAGUGAGUUGAUCGUUAUCGCGAACUGUAAAAUAUGUAAAUAUAUGUAUUUUAAACAUAACGCAAUAAAUAUAUGUAUUUUAUAAA